UGAAACUGUACUGUAAUUGUAAUCCAGCAGAAUGUGGAUUUCCAAGCAGGUACAAACUUUUAAAUGAAGAUGGCAGUCCAAAAGAGCAAGCUGUCCUAAGAUCCAAAACAUACCUAUGGGUGUCUAAACUCACAACAAUCUCGGUAUCAUAUUUUGAAUUUCAUCAUAUUCCAAUCAAGACAUGGAGGUUCCUUACUGACUUCUGUGGAACUACGUACUUAUGGAUAUCAAAAACAAAAAUUGACGUCACUGUACUGAACGACCCAGAUCUCAGUAAGAUAAAAACACUGUUUUUGGUUGAUGUUGGAUUGACAGAGAUGCCAUGCUUGUCCAGCCUCACAGGUCUUGAACACCUAUUCUUGAAUGGUAAUCAAAUUGGAGAGGUUAAUCUUCAAAGCUACUUUGAUGCUGAGAAGGGUACACACAGAGCCAUGCCAAACUUGAAGUAUCUGGACUUGCGUGGAAAUCCUAUAUUCAGUAUGUGUACAAGAAUUAGGGUGGUUUUCACAAAUCGUUCCAUGGUAAUACGUCUAAACAAUCUACGCUUAUGCCAUCCAUUUAGUAAUCUAAAACAUGAAAUGAAAAAAGCACGUAUCCAGCCCAUUGAACCUGAUAUGGAGCAUCAGUGUUGGAUGUCAUGA